AAUUUCCCUAGCAUCCACAAUGGCAGAUAUAUCCCGUUUAACCGAUAUGGGGUUCACCGAGGAACAAUCUCGAAGAGCAUUAACACUAGCGAACAAUGAUGUUGAAAAGGCCAUUGGAUUUUUAGUAGGCGAGCUGGUAGAAAUAUCAAACAAAGAGGAAGUCCCUGAUUUCACCUUGUUAAUGUCAAACCAACAAAACAGCUUUGAUUCAGAAGUACCCGCCUACGAGUACAGCACAAGUCAUAUCAUUGCUGUUAGCGAUGAUGAAGGAUAUGAGGGAGCAAUAGACAACAGUGAUUCUACCACUCCAGACAUCACUCUUCAGUUGCCAAAACCCAAACCCAGAGAGGAUGGCGUUCCACCCGUGAUCGUGUCGCCAAAUCCCAGUCGGUAUGAUCUUGUUGCUUCAGCAAUAUUAACGGCAUUGCUACAGAUUGAUGAGGUCAAAGCCAAACUCAAACUACCAUCCGAGAGUUCCUUUUUGACAAAGUUAAAGGGUUUAAUCGAUGAAGUAGAAACGGGUGAAAAUGACUAUGUGGUAAGCAAUUUGGCAUUCCCUGAAGACGACUCGAAUACUAUUGAAGAGUUCAUUCCCAAUAUCUAUGACGCUAUAACUGAGGAGUAUGAGGAAGAAUUCAACGAUGACUCCUUGAAAGUGCUAGUAAAGUCCACCGUUCAAACGUCAGAAGAUGAAGCGUCUCAAGAUAUCUCUGUUAUUGAGAUUGAGACCGAUACUAGAUAUCUGGAUAUUUAUGAUUCUUUGAACGAGCUUUUCUGGGGCAAGGAUUUGGAAAACUUAGACAACAUUACUUUCGCCAACAUUGGGUCGGUAUUGACCUUUUGUUAUAAUGGUGAGGAUAUGGCCUAUUACAAGACGCCAAUGAAACUUAGAGAUACCAUUUACCCACAAGUGUACUCCAAGGAGCUCGUACCUAAGUUAAUGGAAAUGAACAACAAGUUCACCCAAUUGAACCACUCCAAAACUGAGCUUUCCAACCAGUUGAUGAAACUUCUGAUAUUCCAAGGAAAGCGUAUCAGUGCAUUUCUCAGUCAGUCACAGGAUUUCCUUCAAGACUCGAGUGCCAAAGCUAAGUUGAGCCUGUUGCACGAAAAGCUCAAUGAGGAAAAGUUAAAGCUUAACAAAGAAAUGACAGAUCUCUUGAGAUCAGUCGACUCUUAUUACAUAAAGAACCCGGCGAACGUCACAGAAGGGCUCAAACCGUACAAGGCGAUCUUCGUGGGCUUGAAUGAAUCUGAAUACUUUUAUUUCAACAAGGCAACUGACUGUUGGGUAAGUGUUAGCAUCGGGAACAAUUUGGAUUUCGCCCAAGAAUUCACUGAUUUCGAAACCGUCAAAACCAUUAUUUUAGAGAGAUCCAGACAACGCACGAUUCCGUUCUACAUAAUUUACUGUGAAGAAGACAAGCUUUACCAGAAGUAUGAAAUUGAGGAACCCAAGAAUACCAAUGGGGAACCUAACUUAAUUGACCUCAAUGAUAACGAUGAUAAUGAGCGAAAGGAGAAUGAUAAAGUACAUGAGUAAGAGAAUGAAGGACAAGAAUGGGUUAUGUAGGUAAGUAGCCCCAAUUUCUACAUCUAUUCAACU